GGAGAUCGACAAGACCCUGGAGAGCAUGUCCAGCUACCGCAGGAACAAGUGGGUGGUGGAAGGCCGGCUGCGCAGGCUGAAAACGGCUCUGGCUAAGCGCACGGGCCGGCCCGAGACGGACCUGCUGGGCUCAGAGGAGAGUUUGGGCCGCAGGCGGAGCUCCCGCAUCCUGGAGGAGACGAGCGGCCUGGAGGAGGAGGAUGAGGAGGAGGAUGAGGGUGACCCUCCAGCCUUCAGUGUUCCCGAGCUGGAGCGGCAGAUCGAGAAGCUCACCAAGCGCCAGCUGUUCUUCCGAAAGAAGCUGCUCCACUCAUCCCAGAUGCUGAGAGCCGUGUCCCUGGGCCAGGACCGCUACAGGCGCCGAUACUGGGUGCUGCCCUACCUGUCUGGGAUCUUUGUGGAAGGGGCCGAGGAAGCCGCAGCCUUGGAGGAUGCGACCAAGCAGGAAGCCGACUCCGUGGGGGGGGAGGGCACCCCAGCCCCCUCCACGCCGCCCUUCACAGUGAAGAAGGAAUCAGCCCAGGGAGCCGGCCGGCCUUGGUCGCCCGGUGCCCGGAGCAGGGGCCGGCCCAGGAAGACCAAGCCUGCGCCUGAGCUGCCAGGGAGUCCCAUGUCGCCCGUGGCAAAGGAGGAGCCUGAGCUCACGCGGGCCCCGGAGCCGGCCUUCAAUGGGCUUCUCGAGCCCGAGGACUCCCCCAUGUCCCUGGGCCAGAGCCAGCACGACCUCAGCCAGUCGGCCUUCCUCUCGUGGCUGAGCCAGACCCAGAGACACGGCUCCCUGCUCAGCAGCUCCGUCCUCACACCGGACAGCAGCCCCGGCCAGCUGGAGCCUGGACCCCCGGCCUACCCUGAGGAGCCCGAGCCCCCCGGGCCCCGGGGCCCGUGGUUCAACCUGCUCCCCCGGACGCCCUGCGACGGGGAUGGCCCUGACCCCGAUCCACCAACACCGCCAGCGAACGGGUCCAGCGCGGCCAAACCACACUCCUCAAAGCCGCCGGCCCCCACCCCGCCUUCUGCCUCAGCCUCCAGGAGAUGGGCGGGCGGCCCCGGCAAGGGGCCCCAGAGCCCAGGGGGGGCCGGGCAGCCCAAGCGGAGGGGGCGCCCCCCCAGCAAGUUCUUCAAGCAGAUGGAACAGCGCUACCUGACCCAGCUCACUGCCCAGCCCGUGCCCGCAGACAUGCUCACCGGCUGGUGGUGGAUCCGGGAUCCUGAGGAGCUGGAGGCCACCCUGCGGGCCCUGCACCCCCGGGGCAUCCGCGAGAAGGCCCUGCACAAGCACCUUUGUAAGCACAGGGACUUCCUGAGGGAGGUCUGCCUGAGGCCAUCCACAGACCCCAUUCUCCAGCCGAACCGCCUCCCCAUGUGGUCUGUGAAGGAGCUGGCGGGCUGGGCCCCGGCUCAGAGGACCUUUGAAGCCGACCUGGCCGUGCUGCAGUGUGUGGAGGAGCUGGAGCAGCGGGUGCUGCUGGCCGACCUGCAGAUCCGGGGCUGGACGUGCCCCAGCCCGGACUCUGCCCGAGAAGACCUGGCCUACUGCGAGCACCGGCCGGAUCCCCUGGAGGACAUCACGGUGCGGGGCCGGGGCCGGGACGGGCUGGCGCCCUCCCGGGAGGACACCAACCCCCUGGAUCUGGCCGUGCAGCGGCUGGCGGCCCUCGAGCAGAAUGUGGAGCGCAGGUACCUCCGCGAGCCGCUCUGGCCGGCCCACGAAGUCGUGCUGGAGAAAGCGCUCCUGAGCCCUCCCGACUCCGCCGCUCUGGGGACCACCGAGAUAGCCUACGAGAUCACCCCCCGCAUCCGCACCUGGAGGCAGACUCUGGAGAGGUGCCGGAGCGCCGCCCAGGUGUGCCUCUGCCUGGGGCAGCUGGAGCGCUCCAUCGCCUGGGAGAAGUCUGUCAACAAAGUGACAUGCCUGGUGUGCCGGAGGGGGGACAAUGAUGAAUUUUUGCUGCUCUGUGAUGGCUGUGACCGCGGCUGCCACAUCUAUUGCCACCGACCCAGAAUGGACUCCGUGCCCGAAGGAGACUGGUUCUGCGCCGUCUGUACGGCCCAGCAGACAGAGGGAGGCUGCCCCAAAAGGGGCCAGAAGCGGAGGGGUGGCCCGCCGGACCUCCCAGAGCCUGAGAGCAAAAGGCGGCGGCGGACCACGUCCCGGGGCCGGGAUGGAGGAGCCGGGCCCAGAUGCUCUGGGGAUGGCCUGGCCUCCAGGCGGCGCCUCUCUGUGCGGCAUCACCGGAGUGACCUCACCUUCUGCGAGAUCAUCCUCAUGGAGAUGGAGUCGCACACGUCGGCCUGGCCCUUCUUGGAGCCUGUGAACCCCCGGCUCGUGAGCGGCUACCGGCGCAUCAUCAAGAACCCCAUGGACUUCUCUACCAUGAGGGAGCGGCUCCUCCGGGGCGGGUACACUAACUCGGAGGAGUUCGCCGCAGACGCCCUCCUGGUCUUCGACAACUGCCAGACCUUCAACGAGGACGACUCGGAGGUGGGCAAGGCUGGCCAUGUCAUGCGCCGCUUCUUUGAGAGCCGCUGGGAGGAGUUUUAUCAGGGAAAACGGGCCGACGUGUGAGGCUGCAGCGGGGGGCCAGCCGGCCUCCCAGAGACUCCCCCGGCCCCCUUUGCCCCUUCCCUCCCCCUCACGCGCAGGGGCGGGGAAGGGGCCUUCCCGGACUGAAAGCCAAAAAGAGAAAGAGAAUUGUUUUCCUUUCUGCUGAAUCUUCUCACUGGAGGGGCCCCACCGCCCCCUCCCCGCCCCGCGCUCGGGGCCUUUUCCUGAUAGCAAUAGUUCUAGUGAAUGUGUGAAACCGAGAAACACUCUGUACUGUGCGAGGACCCGUUGUAACGGCCAGUAAAGUGGACUUACCUCCCGAGCGUGCGGAGCCGGCCACGGGGCCCUGGACAUGCUGCUUCCACGUCCAGCCCUCCCCCCUCCCUCCUCCAAUAAUAGAAAACGAUUGUGUACGGGUUCCUCCCCUCGCCCCGGCCCCCGGACGCUCCUCGGCCUUCCCUCCAGAUGUCCGGCCUCCUCUGGGGCCGGCUGGGGG